AUGAGAGUGUUUCAUCGACUUCUGCUAGCGACUCCCUCUUCGCUCGGCUCCAAAGCCAGCCUGACAUCCGAACGGGUCGCCCUCCUCCCUCCGCUCCACCUCUACCGACGCCUGCUCCGCAUUCACCGUAAGAAACUGCCGCCGGAUAUGCGCCUGCUGGGGGAUGAAUAUGUCAAGAGCGAGUUCCGUGCCCAUCGGAAUGUGGAAAAUCCCGUUCAUAUUGUCGGGUUCUUGACGGAGUGGCAGCUGUACGCGCAGAAGCUGGAGGGUGAUUCGUGGCAGGGCGAGAAGCUGGAUAAGGCUAAGCUGGAUAAAAUGAGUGUCUCUUCUCGUGUAUCAUCUGCUAAUGCAGUUUCAAACAGAAUACACCACUGCUUCGUUCUCAAACCAAUAUCUGCUCAUCACCGUCUCUACAAGUCUUACAAAGCGAGAUAUAAUCCAUCUCCUAUCGGCUCAACCAGUCUUCAUUAUCAGCUUCUGGCAGCUACAAUGUGCUACGUCAUUUACUGGACCUCCCAGUCCUGUCGCCAUCGCUGGCUGUCCAUCGCCUUGCCAUGCAACGGUCCCCACGGCGGCUUCAAUACCUGUCCCCAGGUCAUCGACAACCGCGUCCGGGCCGACCUGACCGUGGCAUCGUAUCCUGUCUCGCGCCAGUGGUGUCCUAUCUGCCAUUUCAACGGCGAUUAUGAUGGGAACAAGAUCCGGAUGAUCAAGGACAAGGUGUACAGAGUGGAAUUUUCAUUUGAUCCUGUCGAGCGCGGGCAGGUGGGCUACUGCUGCAGUGUGAUGUGA